AUGGAGGUUCUUUCGGAGGUUAUUUUUUCAUGGGGCACAGUUUAUUUGGCUAUAGCGAUGCCUGCUUUUGCGAUGAUUUUAAAUUUUGUUAUUGGGAGCUGUUUUCUAAGCGAAGUUUUAGCCCACUCCCAAUUCGCUGACACUACAAAGAAGAAUCGUCGAGGCAAUGAAAGAUUGUUUAUGGUUCUUAUAAUUUUCUCGUUUAUUUGGCAGUAUUACACUUACAUGUUUCAGUCACGUCUAAAAGACAUGGAUUGUUGCAAUCUUCCGGUUUGUGUUUGGCGUUGGUUUGAUAGGUUAAUUUGGAGAAAGGAAGACUUCUCAUGGAAUUUACUCUUUAAAUGCUCUUUGGAUGAGAUGUUUUACCUCUCUUUGUGGUUAACCCACGCUGUUCUUUAUUUUUGUUGCGCAUUAAGCAACCCACAUGUCAAGGAAAAAACAUCAAGAAGUUCUUUUUGUCGUAGAUGUGAUGCACACGUAGACGGUAUGGAUCAUCAUUGCAUGCUUAUCGGAAAUUGUAUAGGGUCCAGUAACCGAAGAAUAUUUUUGUGUCUUUUGGGUAUUUCUUUCUUGAAUAUGUUGUUUCUGCUUUUUAUGCGGGGCAAUUGGGCCUACAGGGAGGGAAAUAUUCCUACCUUAGUAGGACUACUUGUGGUUGUAUUUGUUGCUAUAGUGAGUUUUUCUCUACUUAUAUUUCAAUUGUGUCUCAUUUGGAAGGGCAAAACUACGCGAUCCUUUUGGAAGGAAUAUUACCAAUCUCGUAAAAGUGUUGUCAGGGCUCUUUUUGAUUUGGUGAAGUAA